AUGUCUUCGUACUCUACCCACCAGAGACUGCCUUCACUACCGGCAACAUACACCACACGGUCCAUCUGGAAGGUUGCAAAGGCCCCUACCGCGCAGAAUCAGGCGCGCUCGAGGAAAGGCCCAAAGGCCAGGAGCUGGACUGAGGAAGAAGAGAACGUCCUGCUAGACGGCCGCGAGAGGCGAAUUCCCUAUCGACGACUUGCAUUUGAGCUGGGAAAGACGGAGCUGGCAUGUCGGCUGCACUACCACCAGCUCACCGUGGUCAAGACUCGACAGGUUCACGAUGCUUACAUGCGAGCUACGCCUCGCCAGAGCACCUCCCCACCGACACAAUACCCGCACAGCCCGGAGAUCACGAAUCCCUCGACUGCAGGCUCGCCGAUAUCCCAACAGCGAACAUUGCCAAGCAUCAACAGAUGGUUCGAUGAUUCCGAUCAUCACCGCAGCAGUUCGUUGCCCACCCCGACAGGAUCCAGAUGCUCGAGCCCUCAGUGCGAACAUGAUGGGCCUCGUCCGUGGGCGAUCGUCACCCCACCAACACCGCCUUCGAGCCAUCUCCUCAGUCCCUUUGUGCCAGCACGGUCAAGCCUGAUUCAUCCGUCGCUGGGAGGUCACCAUCGGACUUGCUCCUACCCUCCACCAAAGAUACGCAUUGGCGGACUGAGCUGCCCACCUCAGUACUUUGGGAACGGCGCCGCGGAGUGGCGACCACGUCCGACGCGCUCCAUGUCGAUUUCCUCGAACGAGAGGGAUAUUUUGGCGCUGUCACCGCCGCUAUGCGGUACCGGAAUAUCGAGCUCGCCGAACAGCGACCGCUGCUCGGUCCAGUCGCUGCUGAAUCACGGGGACUAG